AUGCCGCCAGAGACGACGACGCGAAGCCACUCGCUCCGGCAGUCCUUCGGGCGCUUCUUCCCCAAGGACUCGGACAAGGAGAAGCUGUCAAAGAUCAAGACGAAGGAAAAGGACCUUUCCAAGGACUGGAGCGACGUGCGGGACGUGUCGAAGGAGAUACCCAAGGACUUGGGCGCGAAGGAGUUCGGCGGGCUCGACAGCCUGACCGCGAAGCAGGCGAAACAGGCGCGCCGCUCCACGCUGGGUGCGCGCCCGAGCGGCGGCCGGCCCUCGCUCGGCGACCUCGCCCAAGACAAGACCGUCACCCGCCGUCGCGUGUCCUCGGGCCAGACGCGCAACAUGUCCCUCGACGAGGGCUCACCCAUGAAGCCGCACGCUGCGGCGGCACCCCCGCCCACCACCGCGUCCUCCUCCACAUCCACCGAUCCCCCGCUCAAGCGCGCGACCUCCCUCCGCCCGCGGCCCGCAGCGUCCGCGCUCCCGAAAUACCGCCCUCGCUCUGGUCUCUUUGAUCCCUCGCGCGUGCCCAAGAUCUCCCUCGAGCCAAAGGGCUCUCCGCGCAAGCCCAAGGUCUCGCGCGAGCCGCCCAGCACAGAUGACGAAAAGAUCCAGGAGACCUCCACGAGCAGCAGCUGCGCCGAUGGGAAACCCCUCGAGGUGAACCUCACUGGCGCCAUCCACGUGUCGGGCUCGCCCAAGGGCAAGAGCAAGGCCCCCGUGCCUGCAGCGGCGGCGACGGCGGCCAAACCGACACCCACCCGCAAACUCCACAAGUCAGCGUCGCCCGCGCCCAAGCCAUCGCCCGUGCGGCAGGGAUCAGCGUCUCCGGCCCCGAAGCCGAGUGCACCCUCCCCUGCGCCGAAAGCACCGGCGACACGACCCGGCAGCGCCGCGUCAACGAACAGCGCGCGCGGCCCAGUGACGCCGGCCGCAGCUGCGAAGGCGGCGGCGACGACGCGCACCGAGUCUCCUUUGGCGCGCAAGGCUCGUGCUUCGCCAGCACCCGCACCCGCCCCUGCCCCUGCCCCUACCCCGCCACCGAAGGCGAAGCAGGACAACGGCAACAUGUCCGACAUCUCAGAAACCUCAGAGGACGAGAGUGAGGACGAGGACGACGUCGCAGCGUUGCUCGCGCCCGUUGCUUCACCCGGCGCGCCCACGCCCGCCAUGCCUCGCGUCUACCGCACGCGCAAAACAUCGAAGGUCUCGCCCUCGCCGCGGCCCUCUCCCCAGACGCCAUCCCGCACUCGACGUGUCUCCACUGGCCUCAGCAAGCGCCGCUCCUUCCUCGCGCCUUCCACCCCGGCGCAUCGCAAGCGCUCCGCGGGCUCCCUUCGCACUCCGAGCAAAAGCGGCGAGAAGAAUGCGCCGCGCGGUUCCAUCCUCACCUGGGAGGAGCUCGCGCAGGAAUCGCGCACUCUGGACGAGGAUGACAUUGCGAUGCUCGCAGACAUUCAGGCGCCGUUCCGCGCGUCGAUGGCCAGCCCGCCGGGCUCGCCCUCGCUGUCUCCGGUGACGCUGGACACGCCACUGCCACCUGAGAGCCCGGCGCUGAGCACGAUGGGCUUGACUCCUGGGACGCCAGGUGGUGGGUAUGGCUCGAUAUCCCAGGUGCUCCUACCGGACGUGACGCCCUCGCCUGCGCCGUUUGCAGCGUCUGCCGCGCGAUACGACGAAGCGGCGCGCAGCCCGCCCGGCGACGGCGCCCUGACCACCCUCCUCCGCCUCCAGCUCGCGAGUUCGGAGAACACCGCGCGCGAGCGCCUCAUGCGCCUGCAGGAGCUCGAGGAGGAGCUGCACAGCGUGAAGGCCGCGCGCCGCGCGGAGGCCACCGAGCUCGGGGCGCAGCUCGAGGCGCUCGAGGCGGAGCUGCGGCGCGCGAUGGACAGCCGCGAGCGCGGGGAGGAGGAGCGGCAUCAGUAUGUCAUGGCGCUCGAAGCCCAGGCCGCGCGCGCGAAGGAGGAGGCGGGUGCGCGGGCGGCGGAGGCGGCGAAGCGUGCCAAGGUCGAGCAGGGCACCGCGGUCGAGCGCGCGCGUGCGGCGUGGCAGGUCGGCUGCGUCGCGGAGGUGGCGUGCGCGCGGUGGGGCGCGGUGAAGGAUAUGGCGGAGGGAGACUUGGGCGAUGUGAAGAGCGACCUGCAGGUGCUGGCGACGCUGCUGGGCCAGUUGGACGGCGAGCGGGCGCGGUUGCAGUCUGUCCUGCGACGAUGA